ACGAGCCCGAGACACGGGACUCUGCCCAGCCCGGAGCGGGAGCGGAGCUCGGCCGGGCCGGGACCACUGGAGAAGCCCCGCCCAGGGGGGGCCAUGGCCGAGCGGGCCGCUGCCCAGGCUCCGCAAUGGGAUGUCACAGCAGAGCAACCAGUGCCUUUAACCCCCCCGGCUGCCUCUGAUCAUACUUCUGAGGCAGAAAUGCAGCUGCCGCUGGAACAGACUGCCAUGUGGCCCGAGGUGACUGUGGAGACAGCCGUGGAGUCGCAUGCCACGCGACUGUUGACGCUAGAGGGAAGAAUGGGGAUGGCGGAGAACAAACUAGUCGGCUGCGAGAGGACAGUGGUGGAGUUUGGGAACCAGCUGGAGAGUAAGUGGGCCGUGCUGGGAACUCUGAUCCAGGAGUACGGGCUGCUGCAGAGGAGGCUGGAGAACAUGGAGAACCUGCUGAAGAAAAAAGAUGUCUGGAUCCUAAAACUUCCCCCAGGCGCCCAGGGAGAAGUCCCCAAGGUCCCUGUGAAGUUCGAUGAGGUCUCGGGCUGUUUCUCCGGGCAGGAGUGGGGGGUUUUAGAGCAACGGCGGGAGGAGCUUCACAAGAACACAAUGAGGAACAACUAUGAGACGUUGAUCUCGCUGGACAAUGCUGCUUCCACGCCUGAUGCUCAGUCCCCGAUUGAAGCCGGGGUAGAGUCUCGAGUCCAGGAACAGCAGGAAUCUCAAAAAAGAGAAACCCCGCCGGAUCCCAGCACAGGAUCUCCCAUUUCUACUCCCAGCGACAGCUCAUGGAUUAAACAAGAGGAAACGCCAUGUGCUGAGAGUCAGGGGGGCUUGGUGGAGAGAGAAAUCCCUACAGAUCCCAUCAAGGCAGAUGAGUGGUGUCUUGAGGACAGUGCUGUCAUCCCGGAACUUCCCAGGGGGGCGCAAGGAAGCUCAGAGGAGGAUUUCCAGAGACCUGCUGUGAGAUGGAGCCCCGGAAGUCAGUGCAGCUCACUGACACAGCACGGAAACCCUGCAGGAAGCAGCCUGGGCCAGCCCACUCUGUGUGGAGGAGACUUCAGCGGCCUUGCACCAGCCACUGAGCAGGAGGAAAGUCACCCAGGAGAGGGGCCAUAUAUAUGCAAUGAAUGUGGAGAAAGCUUUGUCUGUAAGCAGUUGUUCGCAGUGCACCAGGGAGUCCACACAGCAGGGGGAGUCUGCAUUUCUCCAGCAUGUGGAGAAGGCCUCAGUCAGAAAUCCAGUCUCCUACAUCCCCAGAGAAGCCAGGUCCUGGUAGGUGCGAAGCCCUACAAAUGCUCUGAGGGCGAGAUAAACUUUAGCCUCAAAUCCAGCCUUCUCAAGCACCAGGUCAGUCACACAGGCCCGUACACCUGCGCUAAGUGCAGGAAGAGCUUCAGGCUGAAGAUAAGCCUCCUCGUCCACCAGCGACUCCAUGCGGGGAAGGGCGAGGGCUCGCUGCUCUGUACAGACUGCGGGAAGAACUUCACCCACCCCUCGCAGCUGGUCCGGCAUCAGCGGAUCCACACGGGGGAGCGGCCCUACCAGUGCACCGACUGCGAGAAGAGCUUCACGGAGAAGUCCAAGCUCACCAACCACUACCGCACGCACACCGGCGAGCGGCCCUAUGCCUGUGCUCAGUGCGGGAAGCGCUUCAUCCGCAAGCACCACCUGCUGAAGCACCAGCGCGUGCACACGGGCGAGCGGCCCUACCAGUGUCCCGAGUGCGAGAAGAGCUUCACCCAGAAGUACUACCUGGUCGAUCACCGGCGGCUGCACACGGGCGAGCGCCCCUUCCAGUGCCCCACCUGCCAGAAGAGCUUCACCGAGAAGUCCAAGCUCACCAGCCACUUCCGCAUCCACACGGGGGAGCGGCCCUACCACUGCGGGGAGUGCGGGAAGCGCUUCACGGAGAAAUCCCAGCUCACCAACCACUUCCGCAUCCACACCGGGGAGCGGCCCUACGCCUGUGCCCAGUGCGACAAGUGCUUCAUCCGCAAGCACCACCUGCUGAAGCACCAGCGCGUGCACACGGGCGAGAGACUCCACCGCUGCCCCCAGUGCGAGAAGAGCUUCCGCUACAAACAGUCACUGAACUGCCACCUGAAAAUCCACCUGGGGAACCACUGCCCCAUGGGCAGCGCCCUGUCCCCUGAGCAACAAACCCCAGCUAGACCUCUUUGUGUGGCUCUUGAAUGGGACAUGGAGUCCCAGGACCUGUCACUUGAACAGCCUCUUGCUGUCCCCGAACCAACUUCUAUGGACGAUGCAGAUCUUCAGACAGCAGAGAUUUCCCUUACGGUCGUGGCAGAAAUCCAGGCUGUGGACAGGAAGGUAGAGGUUCAGGCAGCACAACUGAUGAAUCUGGAGGGAAGAAUGAGGAUGGCAGAAACGAAGCUAGUCGGUUGUGAGAAGACAGCGGUGGAGUUUGGGAACCAGCUGGAGAGUAAGUGGACGGCGCUGGGAACUCUGAUCCAGGAGUACGGGCAACUGCAGAGGAGGCUGGAGAACAUGGAGAACCUGCUGAAGAACAGGAACUUCUGGAUCCUGAGACUCCCCCCAGGCGCUAAUGGAGAAGUCCCCAAGGUCCCAGUGACAUUCAACAACAACUCGUUUAAUUUCUCGGAGCAGGAGUGGAAGAGCUUGGACGAAUGGCAGAAGGAGCUUUACAGGCACAUCAUGAAGGGCAAUUACGAGGCUGUGAUCUCGCUGGACGAGCAGCAGUGUGGUGAGGAAGGUCCUGCAAACCUCGAUCUUCCUAGCCUGUUACCAGGAGACUGGGAAGAGCUUUUCUCCAGUCCUGAGGAGGAAUUGACGAAGGAGAGCCAGACCAGCUCAGCGAUGCUGCAGAGAAACCCUCCCGGGAGUGGGCUGAGGCGAUCUGCUCGCCGUGGAAGAGAUUUAAUGAAAAAUGUCUCUGAGGAAGCACACGCAGCAGAGGGGCCGUACAUAUGCUGCGAGUGUGGGGAAAGCUUCCUAGACAAACAGCUUUUUGCCACACAUCAGAGAAUCCAUGCAUCAGGGGGAGCCUGCACUUCUCUGGAGCACGGAGAAAACGUUAAACAGAAACCCAAAAUCACAACUCCUCCAAGAACCCAGGUGCCCGUCCGUUCAAAACCCCCUAAGCGUCCUGAGCCAGAGAAGAGCUCCAAUCUCAAAUACGGCUUCGUAAAACACCAGGCAAACCAUAUGGUGGAGAGGCCCUAUACGUGCACUCAGUGCAGGGAGAGCUUCAGUCUGGAGGUGAGUCUUAUCUUACACCAGAAACUUCACACGGGGAAGGGCGAUGGGCCCCUGACGUGUACGUAUUGCGGCAAGGACUUCCGGGACCUCUCCAAGGCGAUCCGACAUCAGCGGAUCCACACGGGAGAGCGCCCGUAUCAGUGUACGGAAUGCGGGAAGAGCUUCAUCCGCAGGGAUCAUCUCCUGAAGCACUGGCGGGUCCACACGGGGGAGACGCCAUACCAGUGCCCCGUCUGUGGGAAGAACUUCCGCUACAAGGAGUCGCUGAACUGCCACCAGAAAAUUCACACGCGGAACCCCCAGCCCCUGGAGGGCUCACAGCAGCUGGAGACAGGAACCCAGACCACCCUCCUCGGUGUAAGGGCCGGGGCCGGGGCUUUGCUGCUCGGCAGCGCGGUGGGCAGCGUGGCCCGCCCCGGUUCCUGCCGCCGGGCCGCAGGCGCUGGGGAGUGGCCCGGGACGGGGCUUGGCCCUGCCGGGGGCGGGGAGCAAGUGGCGGCCAAUGAUACCGAGACCGGGUCCGGGGGCAGGUUAAACUGGGGCAUCUGCUCCGCCUGCCAGCCCCGGAGCUUCGCCCUUUGUCAUCGCUGGGAGCCCCCCGGGGCAAGGGGGGAGUCCCGGUCCGGGGCGCCCAGACCGCGGGGCCCGGGGGUCGCUAACGGCACAGGACCCAAGGGCACCGCUUCCUUCCCCUGCACCCUGGGGACAGAGCGGGGAUUUUCUCACCCUUCCCUUCGGCCCGAACACGUGUUUGGGGACCGGACCGGAUGCUGCCCGAGGAGGCGUCGGGCUCCAGAAUGGGACAUGGAGCCCCAGCACUGGCCUCUUUCACAGCCCCACACUUUCCCCCGCCGGACGUCUGAGAGAGAAACCCCGCUGCACGCUGCGGAGAUCUCCCUGAGUCUAGUGGCUGCCAUUCAAGCUGUGGAGAGAAAAGUUGAUGCUCACGCCAUCCGGUUGCUGAAUCUGGAAGGGAGAACAGGGACGGCGGAGAAGAAAUUGAUAGGUUGUGAGAAAACCGUGGUGGAGUUCGGGAACCAGCUGGAGAGUAAGUGGGCCGUGCUGGAGACUUUGAUCCAGGAGUACGGGGUGCUGCAGAGGAGGCUGGAGAACAUGGAGAACCUGCUGAAGAACAGGAACUUCUGGGUCCUGAGGCUCCCCCCAGGCACUAAGGGGGACGUCCCCAAGGUCCCAGUGCCGUUCGAUGACGUCUCCGUCUAUUUCUCCGAGCAGGAGUGGGAGAACUUAGACGGUGGGCAGAAGGAGCUGUACAAGAACGUGAUGAAGGGGAAUUACGAGACCCUGAUCUCGCUGGACUACGCCGUCUCCAAACCCGACAUCGUGUCCCAGAUCGAGCAGGGGGAGGAGCCGUGUGUCAGAGAUCGGGAGGACUCCGAGAGCAGAGAGAUCCCUCCAGAGCCCUGCUCGGCAGAUAGCAGGGUGGUGGUCAAAGUGGAGGAGGAGAGCCCUGAGGAGGAGCCGGAGCACCUGGAGCUACAAAGGACGUUGCCGGAAAUGGAGGUUUUCCAGUGUCUGGAACAGGGAACGACCCAUGAGGAGAGUCUGUGCAGCCCUGAGAGGGAGCCCGCGGACCUGCCCGGAAACGGCCUGGAGGAGCCGACUCAGUGCGGGACAGACCCCCAGGAGCUCAAGCCGUUGCUUGUUCACCUGCAGAGCCCCGCGGCAGCCAGGUUGUUCGUCUGCGCCGAGUGUGGGAAGACCUUCCGCAGCCGGCAGCAUCUCACCCUGCAUCAGAGGGACCACACGGGAGCAGGGGCUUGCCUGCCGCAGCCCAGGGAGAGCUUUGCCCUGAAACCCACCCCCAGACCCCACCCCGGGGCCCAGGCGGGAAGCAAACCCUACAAGUGCUCCGAGUGCGAGCGCAGCUUCUGCCACAAGUCCAGCCUGCGGAAGCACCACCUGGCGCACACCGGGGAGCGGCCCUACACCUGCGCCGAGUGCCGGAAGAGCUUCAAGCAGAGGGUGAGCCUGGUGCUGCACCAGCGGAUCCACUCGGGGAGGAGCGAAGGCUCCUUCAUCUGCACGCAGUGCGGCAAGUACUUCAGCCACCACUCCAACCUGACGCGGCACCUGCGCAUCCACACGGGGGAGCGGCCCUACAAGUGCACCGAGUGCGAGAAGAGCUUCACGCGCAACCAGUACCUGGUGGAGCACCAGCGCAUGCACGCGGGCGAGCGCCCCUAUCACUGCGCCGAGUGCGGCAAGAGCUUCCGUUACAAGCGCUCGCUCUACUACCACCAGAACAUCCACCCCGGGAAGGGCUUCCCUGGGCUGGGGCCAGGGCCGGGCCAUGCUCGGGAAUGGGACAUGGAGUCCCUGCACUCGGCUCCUCUGCAACCCCACGUUGUCCCCAAGCGAAGGGCUGUGGGAGAAACCCAGCUGCAAACGGCAGAGAUCUCCCUGUGGACUGUAGUGGCUGCCAUUCAAGCCGUGGAGAGGAAGGUGGAUUCCCAUGCCACGCAGUUACUGAGUCUGGAGGGCAGAACAGGGACAGCGGAGAAGAAAGUAUCUGACACAGAGAAAGGAAUGAUGGAGUUUAGUAACCAACUGGCCGUGCUGGGAACUCUGAUCCAGGAGUACGGGGUGCUGCAGAGGAGGCUGGAGAACAUGGAGAACCUGCUGAAGAACAGGAACUUCUGGAUCCUGAGACUCCCCCCAGGCACUAAGGGAGAAGUCCCCAAGGUGCCAGUGACGUUCGAUGAUGUUUCUGUCUAUUUCUCUGAGCAGGAGUGGGGGAAAUUGGAUGAUUGGCAGAAAGACCUUUACAAGAACGUGAUGAAAGGCAACUAUGAAUCAUUGAUCUCACUGGACUACGCCAUCUCCAAACCUGACCUUCUGUCCCGGAUUGAACGGGGGGAGGAGCCGUGGGAGGGGACUCAGGAGGACUCCGAGGAGAGCGUGAUCCCAAUGGAGCCUAGCACAGAAUCGCUGAGCCUUACUCAUGACAUUGUAUCGUGGGUAAAACAAGAAGACCUGUACAUCAGGGAUCAGUGGGACUCAGAGGAGAGAGAGAUCUCUACAGAGCCCAACGCAGCAGAUGACGAGGUUGUAGUCAAAGCUGAGGAAGGAAUCCCGUUGAGCCUGGAGUUGUACAGCACGUUGCCUGGACGACCAGAAGAGACUGUUUUCCAGUACCCUGAGCAGGAACCUAUCUGUGAUGAUCAGGGCAACGUUAGCAUCCAGGGAGAAUACCCUGAUGGGAACAGACUGGGGGACUCGGCUGCAGGCGAGGGAGACUUCAGUAACUUCACCACAAUCAUUGUCCAAGAGGAGAGCCUCCCAGGAGAGGCACCGUACGUCUGUUCUGAAUGUGGGAAAAGCUUCCUCUACGAGCAGCAGUGCGUACUGCACCAGAGGAUUCAUGACGGAGCCCACACGCCUCCUGAGCGCAGGGAGAGCUUCAAGCAAAACCACUGUCUCAAAUCCUGCCCACAGAGCCAGCCGGGUGAGAGACUCUAUAACUGCCCUGAGUGCGAGCGGAGCUUCCCUCACAAGUCGAGCCUCAGCAAACAUCAGCUCUCCCACACAGGGGACCGGCCGUACACCUGUGCUGAGUGCAAGAAGAGCUUCCGGUUGAAGAUCAACCUCAUGAUACACCAGAGGAGUCACGCGGGGAAGAGCAGGGGCUUGUAUAUCUGCAAUGAAUGUGGUAGGGGCUUUAACCACCAUUCGAACUUCAUUAGGCACCAGAUGAUCCACACUGGGGAGAGACCCUAUGGCUGCACCGAGUGUGGGAAAACCUUCAUGCGGAAGGAGCACCUCCUGACCCACCGGCGCCUGCACACGGGAGAGCGGCCCUACCAGUGCACCGAGUGCCGGAAGAGCUUCACCCGCAAGCAGCACCUGGUGGGACACCAACGCAUCCACACGGGGGAGAAACUCUGGGGGACGCUGGCAGCACAGAGACGCUUGCACGACCUGCCAGGCAAAGCGCACAGGGGAGAGCCUGUGUCGCUGCACUCGAUGCACAAGGAGUUCCCCCCGUGUGACCACAACUCCAUAUCUAAUGUCUGUCUUUGCAAACAGGGUCCAGAACUGGAUGCAGUGACACAGUGCCCAUCUCCUUUACCGCCUCCCAUUGUCCCUGAACGAACGUUUGAAAGAGAAACUCAGACUGCAGAGAUUUCCCUGACUGUUGUGGCAGCAAUUCAAGCCGUAGAGAGGAAGGUGGAUUCUCAUGCCACACGGUUGUUGGAUCUGGAGGGGAGAACUGGGAUGGCUGAGAAGAAAUUAAUAGACUGUGAGAAAACAGCAGUGGAGCUUGGCAACCAGUUGGAGAGUAAAUGUGCUGCACUAGGAACUCUGAUCCAGGAGUACGGGCUGCUGCAAAGGAGGCUGGAGAACAUGGAGAACCUGCUGAAGAACAGGAACUUCUGGAUCCUGAGACUCCCCCCAGGCACUAAUGGAGAAGUCCCCAAGGUGCCCGUGACAUUUGAUGACGUCUCAGUCUAUUUCAAUGACAAGGAGUGGGAGAAACUAGACGAAUGGCAGAAGGAACUGUACAAGAAUGUAAUGAAGGGCAAUUAUGAAUCUUUGAUCUCCUUAGACUCUGCAAUUUCCAAACCUGGUGUUUUGUCACAUGUCGAACAAGGAGUAGAGUCACGGGUCAGAGGGCAGCAGGACUCAGAUGAGGAGAGAGAAAUCCUUACUGACCCCAGUGCAGCAGGUAUAAGGGUUGUGAUCAAAACAGAGGAGAUUAAUCCUGAGGACUCCCCUGAAAACCUGGAGCUGGACAGAAUGUUGGAACGAUCAGAAGGAAGUUUCCAGAAUCCAGACCAGGAAGUAACCCAUGGUAGUCCGUAUGGCUCAGUAACGCCUCCGAGAAAACCCUCAGGGAACUGUCUGGAUGAGUCCACCGACUAUAAAACAGAUUUCAGCGAAAUCAGAAGAGUCAUUGUUCAGCAGGGUAACUGCACAGAUGAUGGGAUUGUGAUCAAAACCGAGGAGGAGGAUGAUCCUGACACCCUGGAGCCAUAUGCCAUGUUCUCGGGCAGGGCAGAGCAGCAGAUUUUCCAGAAUCAUGAGCCGGGGACAACCUGUGAGGCUCAGUGCAGUUCCAAAAUGCAACAGAGAAACCUAAUCGGAAACAGGCCAGGGCAAUCUGCUCCCUGUGAAAGAGACUCCAGUGAAACGAAGACGGUCAUCGUCCACCAGAGAAACCGCACCAGGGAAAGACCUUAUAUCUGCCCUGAGUGUGGGAAAAGCUUCAUGCUGAAGAUCAACUUUAUAAUCCACCAGAGGAACCAUCUCAAAGAGGGGCCCUACGAAUGUAAUGAGUGCGACUUAAGCUUCAGGAUCAAGCAGCAGUUUAUCCUGCACCAGCGCAGCCACACGCGCCGGGGCGUCGGCCCAGCCCGGCGUGUGGAGAACUUCAGAGACCAGCACAGCCUCAAGCCAGAGCAGAGAACGCCAGCGGCAGGGAAACCCUAUAAAUGCACAGAGUGUGAGAGCAGCUUCAGCCACAAGUCGAGCCUCAGCAAACAUCAGAUCACGCACGUGGGGGAGCGGCCGUACACGUGCAGCGAGUGCAGGAAGAGCUUCCGGCUACAGAUCAGCCUGAUCAUGCACCAGAGGAUCCACACUGGGAAGAGCGAGAUGUCCUUCAUAUGCCCUCAGUGCGGGAAAAACUUUAGUCGCCCCUCCCAUCUCCUCAGGCACCAGAGGACUCACACGGGGGAGCGGCCCUAUAAAUGCACCCAGUGCGAGAAAACCUUCAGUGAGAAGUCCAAGCUUACCAACCACUACCGCAUCCACACGCGGGAGCGGCCGCAUGCCUGCACCGAAUGCGGCAAAGGCUUUAUCCGCAAGCACCACCUGCUGGAGCAUCAGCGCAUCCACACUGGGGAGCGACCCUACCACUGCACUGAGUGCGGCAAGAACUUCACUCAGAAGCACCACCUGCUGGAGCACCAGCGGGCUCACACCGGCGAGAGGCCCUACCCCUGCACUGAGUGCACUAAGUGCUUCCGCUAUAAACAGUCCCUUAAGUACCACUUGAGGACGCACACGGGGGAGUAGGAGCCAAUGGGAGCUGCACCCCACCUGGGCAUUUGAGUCAGGAGUCUUUGUGGAAGGAAGCAGUGGUGCGACAGUGUGUAGGGACUGAUAAUUUGAUGUAAAACAAAUAACAUGCAGCAAAAUUUAAAAGAACAGAAAAAGCUAAUUUAGGGUAAAUAUUCAUCAUAAUGUACAGGAUAUUUUGCUGAAGUAGGACUAACUGCUUUUUAAAUCUAUUCCUUUUGAUAAUAAAUGUGAAGUAACUUUUAUUUGAUAAGCAAA